ACAAUCCUGGCAUGUUGUCUGAAACAUUUUGUCUAAAAAAAUUCAGUGCACCUAAAUUAGUCGAGACGUAAAUUUGUUAAGAGGAAAUUCUGUGAACAAAAAGAAUAUACAAACAUGCCUUGUGAAUCUUGUGGAAAAGAUUGCAAGUGCUCUCCGCAGAAAUGCAGUGAGGGCUGCAAGUGCCCCAGUCCCGAUAAGUGUGAUUGCAAUGUCAAAAAGAAGGCGGCUUCUUCGGGAGCUAAGGAGAGAGUCGAUGCCCAGGGCGGCAAGUGCUGCGGUGGAAAUAAAUAAAUCCGAGUCCCUGCUGGAGGAGAAAAAAUGCAUUUUCGGUUCUUUUAUUUCUCGAUGGCCAUAACUGCUAAUGAGCUGUUAUCAUACAUACAUUUAUUUAUUUAAUGUUUAAAUCGAAACAAAACCAAGACUCCUAUACUGUAAACUGCACAAGAUAAACUAAUGACCUAUAUACCAGCA